AUGAAACCAAUCCCCUUCCCCCUCGCCCUAAACAUCGGCACCGACAUCGUCCAUCUCCCCCGCAUAACCCGCCUCCUCCAAAGAACAAACUACCUCACCCGCUUCACACGCCGUAUCCUCAGCGACCAGGAACAACUCGACUUUCAAACGCGCUUUAAAGAUACCCUCACCCUCUAUCCAAACCGACAUGCCUCCCCCUCUCUCCCUCCGUUCACACCUAUCAUCACACCAGACAUGACGCGCUGGCUCGCCGGCCGCUUCGCCGCAAAAGAAGCCGCGCGUAAAGCCGCGCCGGGCGGGGCUGCGGCGCUUGGUUGGAAGGAUGUCGUUGUACGUGUGCCGGGGGAUAGUGAGAUGGAUAAUGCUACUGUGCUAGAUAUGGGGAAUAGUCUGGGAGGUAAUGGGGUGCUGGCGGCGGCGCAGGAGGGCACGAGCCGGAGGCCGGAGAUUGUGUUUUUGGGGGGUGGGGAGGGGAGGCCGGAUCGGUUGGGUCAAUUGUCGAUUUCGCAUGAUGGGGAAUAUGUGGUUGCGACUGUUUUGGCGGCUGGGUGA